UGUUAAGUGAAAGUGGUAUCACACGACGCGACUUCAUAUCGCAACUUCAAAGCUCGUGCUCCCCUCGUUUGUGGUUGCAAGUCACUCGCUCAAGUCCCUUAGCCUAGCCAGACCCCCAGAAUGAACCGCUUCGUCGCCGCCCUCCGCCCUCUGUCCCGCGCUGUUGCUCGCCCGCAGUUCGUGUCUGCCCGCGCUGCGCCCGUGCGUUUCUUCAGCGCUCAGACGUUCCUGGACCGCAACGAGGUGAGCGACCGCGUGCUGAGCGUCGUCAAGAACUUCGAGAAGGUGGACGCGGACGCCGUCAAGGAGGGUGCCAAGUUCCAGGAGGACCUGGGUCUGGACUCGCUUGACGUGGUUGAGGUCGUCAUGGCUAUGGAGGAGGAAUUCACCAUCGAGAUCCCGGACAACGAGUCGGAGAAGCUUCUCACCCCUGCUCAGGUCAUUGACUACAUUGCCGCCCACCCUAUGGCCAAGUAAAUGCUGUUUAGUGUAUGCAUGCUGCUGCGCGUGUCGUAGCGCUGUGUGGAUCGGCUUCUCCUUUUUAGAGUGGACGCAGCAGUAAUGACAGUCUUCCAAGAGCCGCCGCUUCAAGACGAGAAAGAUACAGGGGCUAGAUGCGUGGAUGUCUGCGAUGGGAGGCUGGCUUGGUGUUGCGUCGUGGUCGCUCGCGCACGAUACACUUAGCCAUCAUUAACGAAACAAAAAGAAACCUACUUUGAUAAACACUCCAGUGCAUUGACCAUGUUGAAGCAAUGUGAGGCUGAGAUGC